AAAUUGAUUACAGUUAUCAUUUCAUAAAUGGGAUCAUGUGGCGGGAACACUAGACUCCACGCGGGAACAUCACUUUUGUUUAUUUACAAAGAGCAUGCUUAAAUAAUGUUUUGAGGAAACAAUGUAACACCAUCAAACUGACAAAUCAUAAAAGUUUUAUCUGUUAGAAAGAAUGUUACUAUUUAUACUUCAUAUUUUUCGAUAACGUGUGCUUUUGUUUUCAUUUCUUUCAUAUUUAGGGUGUAAGGGACGGGAUGUUAUUGCGCAAUAUUUUGGGGGCGUUCCGUGGGCCAAAUGGAAAAAAGUAUAAUCAUUUGGGUCCUACGCAGUUUAGUCAGAUAUUUAUUUUAAAAGAAACAAUGACAACGUGCGUAUACGAGAAAGCUAUUGCUGCUUUAAAUGGAUUACAAAGCAAUGCUGCCUAUCUUCAGAAAGCUAGAGCAGAACGAAGCAGUAAAGCUUAUCAGAACAUUAUUGAUACGAAGCAUCAUUUAGAAACACUUCAUAUAACAUUAAGUGAUGUAGAUUCCUUGAAUAUUAUUCAUAUUGCUGGUACCAAAGGAAAAGGUUCAACAUGUGCAUUUACUGAAAAUAUUCUUAGAAAUCAUGGCUACAAAACUGGAUUUUAUAGCUCUCCUCAUUUAAUAUCUGUGAAUGAAAGAAUCCGUAUAAAUGGUAAUCCAUUAUCCAAAGAAAAAUUUGCUGUUUAUUUCUGGGAAGUUUAUGAUGCUAUAAAAUGUAAUUUAAAAGAAGAGGAAAGAAUGCCAUCUUAUUUUCUCUUUCUAACAGUAAUGGCAUUUUAUGUUUUUAUAAAAGAAAAAGUUGAAGCUACAAUCAUAGAAGUUGGAAUUGGUGGUCUUUAUGACUGUACAAAUUUUAUCAGAAAACCUGUUGCAGUUGGGAUAACUACAUUAGGAAUAGAUCAUGUAAACCUUCUGGGUGGUACAAUAACAGAAAUUGCUGAACAGAAAGCUGGAAUCAUGAAAUCAGGUGUCCCUGCAUUCACUGUUUCCCAACCAGAAAAUGCCUUAAGAGUCCUUCGUAAAAAAGCUCAAGUUGUCCAGUGUCCCCUGGUUUUAUCACCUCCAUUAGAGUCUUACGAGAAUAAAAUUUCUUUAGGGAUCCAAGGAGUCGUUCAAAGUGUAAAUGCCUCCCUUGCCCUUCAGUUGUCUCAUUGUUGGUUGACUUCAAUAAAAUUUAUUGAUCAAAACUCUUCAAGCACGCAACAAUUACAACACUUUGAAAAUUUGUAUUUGAAUGAAGAACUUCCUCUAAUGAUUGCUGAUACAUUUUUUAUUAAUAAAGAAACACACCUAGCUUUAGAAAACUGUAUAUGGCCUGGCAGAUUUCAGACACUGGAAAAAGACCGACUAACAUUUUAUCUUGAUGGUGCUCAUACGCAUGAAAGCAUGAAACACUGUGGAAGGUGGUUUGAAGAGGCAGUUCUGAAACACAAUACUAAAUUUAAGUUGCCUGCAUUGAAAGUUCUUUACUUUAAUUGCACUGGUGAGCGAAGGGCAGAAAGUUUACUUGAUCCUUUGGCUGAUAUUCACUUUGAUGUUGUUCUGUUUAGCCCUAACAAAAUUUCUAACAUUAAAGAUACUGCUUCUGAUUUGAGUAAUUUUAUGGUUGAACCUGCUCAAGAAAUGCAACAGUGCAUUGCAAACAAUGAGAUAUGGUGUCACCUGAUGAGAAGUUUGUAUGAAAACCAGUUGAGUAUUUCUAACUAUUCCAGUUCAAAUUUUGCUGGAAAUGAAGCCUCUAUAGACUGUGAUAAUACUGUGAUAUUUCCGUCCAUAACGGAUGCUAUUGACUGGAUAUCUUCUUUAAACUAUCAGAGGACUGAUCAAGAAAUUAAAGUUCGAAAAUUAAGGGAAACUUUGUUGGGUGCUCAUCACGUACACGUAUUGGUUACGGGCAGUUUGCAUCUUGUGGGUGGAGUAUUGUCUUUAAUUCAAUCAUAAAUUGUUUUUAUUUU